AGACGUCGUGUUAACUAAAUUCGUUUAGUGCCAUUUCGUUGGCGGUCUAAAGUAGCCAAAAAACAGAAAACGUUCGCUAAAAAUAUCGGAGUGAAAACGGUAGAAGGAAUUUGUACAGUCUUUACGGGAAAAUUCCAAAAGGGAAUAAUGGUGUCACGCUAUUUGUGUUGUCUGUCAUUGACACUUCUGGUAUCAGCGGUGGUGGCCCACGAUCAUGACCACGCCAGAUCCCGUUCAGCUGUCCGCCAUGGUGUGAAACACGAAGAGGAACGUCAAACCGAAUACUGGGUAACUAAGGCUCAAAAUAUUUUGGCUCAAAAAUUGGCUCAACAUGAAACGCUCAACACGAAUAAGGCCAAGAACAUUAUCAUGUUCCUGGGUGAUGGUAUGUCGGUGCACACGGUUACGGCAACGCGCAAUUUUAUGGGUGACAGUAGGGAACAGGUGUACUUUGAGACAUUCCCCUAUUUUGGUUUGUCCAAGACCUAUUGUGUCGAUCGUCAGGUAGCCGAUUCGGCUUGCACUGCCACCGCCUAUUUGGGUGGUGUCAAGGGCAACUACGGUACCAUUGGCGUUAAUGCCAAUGUGCCACGUUACGAUUGCUUGGCCGGACAAAAUCCCGCCCAUUGGGUGGACAGCAUUGCCAAAUGGGCUCAGGAUGCUGGCAAGGAUACCGGUUUUGUGACCACCUCACGUGUAACUCAUGCCUCUCCCGCCGGUCUGUAUGCCCACAUUGCCCAGAGAGGUUGGGAAAAUGAUGCCGAAAUUGAGAGUUCCGGCUGCAGUUCCGUUGAUAAUACCGACAUUGCCCGCCAAUUGGUGGAAUGGGAUGUGGGCAGCAAAUUCAAGGUUAUCAUGGGUGGUGGUCGCCGUAACUUCAUCAAUGAAACCGUUAACGAUGAAGAAGGCUUUGCCGGUCAACGUCUUGAUGGACGCAAUCUAAUCAAACAAUGGCUGGAGGACAAGAAACGCUUGAAUGCCAAUGCUUCGUAUGUUUGGUCACGCAAAGGUCUCAGCUUGGUGGAUUUGGAAAAGACGGAAUAUCUAUUGGGUCUCUUCAGUUCAUCGCACUGUCCCUAUCAUGGCGAUUUGGAACGUAGUCGCCUAAAAUUGGCCAACCCCUCGCUGAGUGAAAUGACCGAGGCAGCCCUGAAGGUUUUGAAAAAGAACGAUAAUGGUUUCUUUUUGUUUGUGGAGGGUGCUCGCAUUGAUAUGGCCCAUCACGAUACCCGGGCACGUAAAUCCCUCGAAGAUACCGAAGAAAUGGCCAAGGCUGUGGGUAUUGCCAGAGAAAUGUUUUCGGAAGAGGACACCCUGAUUGUGGUUACAUCGGAUCACUCGCACACCAUGACCAUUAAUGGUUAUCCGUACCGUGACCAAGACAUUACCGGCCUGGCUGCUGAUUUGGCCGAUGAUAAUUUGCCAUACACCAUUUUGUCCUAUGCCAAUGGUCCUGGUUUCUAUUCCACCUAUGGCGAUGGCGGCCGCAAACCGAUCACCGAAAAGGAUACAGCCAAUGCCAAAUAUGAAUACUUGGCCACAGUUCCCUUGGAUUCCGAGACUCAUGGUGGCGAUGAUGUCGGUGUCUUUGCCUCAGGUCCAUAUGCCCACUAUUUCAGCGGUAACUAUGAGCAGACCAAUAUUCCCGCCAUGAUGGCAAAGGCUGCCAAUAUUGGUCCAUUCGCUUCGGUGAAUUGAAAAGUUGGCAAAGCACAAACAUGAAAUAAUUUCCGUUAAUAGUAUUAUUAAAUAAAUUAAAAAAAAAAAUAA